AUGGCCUCGCGCCUAGUCGCCGGCCUGCAGGUCCUGGCCCUCGCGGGCACCGCCACGGCAGUCCUGACAUGGGACGAAGCCUACGCCAAGGCCAACACGGCGCUGGCCCGGAUCACGCAGCAGGACAAGGUCAGCCUCGUGUCGGGGAUCGGGUGGGACAAGGGCCCCUGCGUCGGCAACACGGCGCCCGUCUCCGCCAUCAACUACCCGCAGCUGUGUCUCCAAGACGGGCCCACGGGCGUCCGAUUCGGAACGGGCGUCACGGCCUUCACGCCGGGCAUCCAGGCGGCGUCGACCUGGGACGUGGAGCUGAUGAGGCAGCGCGGCCAGUUCCAGGCCGAGGAGCAAAAGGGCUGUGGCGUCCACGUCAUGCUGACCCCCGUCGCGGGAGCGCUCGGCAAGAUCCCCGAGGGUGGGAGGAACUGGGAGGGCUUCGGCGUCGACCCGUACCUCGCCGGCAUCGCCAUGGAGGUGACCAUCGAGGGACAGCAGAGCGUGGGCGUCCAGGCCACGGCCAAGCACUACCUGCUCAACGAGCAGGAGCUGAACAGGAACACGAUGAGCUCCAACGUCGACGACAGGACUCUGCACGAGCUGUACCUGUGGCCGUUUGCUGACGCGGUCCGAGCCAACGUCGCCUCGGUCAUGUGCUCGUACAACAAGAUCAACGGAAGCUGGGCCUGUGAGAAUGAGCACGCUAUGCAGAAGCUGCUCAAAGACGAACUUGGCUUCAAGGGCUACGUCAUGUCCGACUGGAACGCCCAACACACCACCACCGGCUCCGCCAACGCCGGCAUGGACAUGACCAUGCCCGGGUCCGACUUCAACGGCGGCAACGUCCUGUGGGGCCCGCAGCUCAACACGGCCGUCAACAACAACCAGGUCGCCCGCACGCGCCUCGACGACAUGGCCCGCCGCGUCCUGGCCGCCUGGUACCUGACCGAGCAGGACAAGGGCUACCCGCCCAUCAACAUCCGCGCCAACGUCCAGGGCAACCACAAGGAGAACGUGCGCGCCGUCGCCAGGGACGGCAUCGUCCUGCUCAAGAACGACGCCGGCGCCCUGCCGUUCAAGGCGCCCCGGCGCCUGGCCAUCGUGGGCUCGGCUUCCGUGGCCAACCCGCGCGGUAUCAACUCUUGCGUCGAUCGGGGCUGCAACGAGGGCGCGUUGGGGAUGGGAUGGGGCUCCGGCACAACCAACUACCCAUACUUCUCCGCUCCAGCCGACGCCAUCCGGGCCCGGGCCCAGCAGGACGGCGCCACCGUCACCCUCAGCGCGAGCGACAGCACCGCAGACGUGGCCAACACCGUGCGCGACGCCGACGCCGCCAUCGUCUUCCUGACCAGCAACUCGGGAGAGGGCUAUCUGCUGGUGGACGGCAGCUACGGCGACCGGCUGAACCUGGACCCUCUGCACAACGGCAACCAGCUCGUCCAGGCCGUCGCGCAGGCCAACAAGAACACGAUCGUGGUCGUCCACAGCGUCGGUCCCCUGGUGCUCGAGAGCAUCCUCAGCACCCCCGGCGUGACGGCCGUGGUGUGGGCCGGUCUGCCGGGGCAGGAGAGCGGCAACGCGCUCGUCGAUGUGCUGUACGGCUCCGUCAGCCCCAGCGGAAAGCUGCCCUACACCAUUGCCCGCGCGACGGCCGACUACGGCACCGCCAUCGUCCCGGGAGACGACAACUUCCCCGAGGGCCUGUUUGUAGACUACAGGCACUUUGACAGGGCCAACAUCCAGCCCCGGUUCGAGUUUGGCUAUGGACUGUCAUACACAAACUUCACCUACAGCAACAUCAAAGUCGCCAGCACCGUGCGCUCCGGCCCAGCCACCGGCCCCGUCGUGUCGGGCGGGCGCGCCGACCUCUGGGAGACGGUCGCGACCGUGACGGCCACCGUGACCAACUCCGGCGGCGUGGCCGGCGCCGAGGUGGCGCAGCUGUACGUGUCGUACCCCAAGGGCGGCAGCGUGCCCGAGACGCCGCCCCGGCAGCUGCGCGGCUUCAACAAACUCAAGCUCGCGCCGGGCGCCAGCGGCACCGCGACCUUCAACAUCCGCCGCAGGGACCUGAGCUACUGGCACGUCGGGCAGCAGAACUGGGUCGUGCCGGCCGGCGCGUUCGGUCUCGAGGUCGGCGCCAGCAGUCGGGAUCUGAGGCUCAAAGAGAGCAUCACCGUGGUUUGA